UCCCUCCCAGGCGUUGAGAAGGUGAUCUCUCUCCUGGGCUUCCGCAGCCAUUGCGCCGGGAGGGCGUGUUGCUGGGCGAGGGAGAGAGAAAGGCUCGCCUGGGCCUCGGAGGGCAGCGCCAGGGAGAGUCUCCUCACGCCCGAGAAGUGGAGCAGAGAAAGAGAGGGUCCCGCUCCUCUGCCUCCCUCCCUGCCUCCUCUCUCUCUCUCUCUGUGUCUUUGGAAGAAGGGGCCGACAGGGCUGUGGCCGAGGCGGAAGUGACGCCCCUUUCACCUGCUGGGCUCCAAGGAGAGAGACAGAGAGAGAGAGAAACAGAGGAGGAGGAGGAGGAAGGGAAGAAGCGCCUCUCGCUCCGCGCGGAGUCUCAGCUUGGAGUCGUUGCUGCCCCUGCCAUGGAGUCGCUAUGGAGCCUCUUUCUGCUCCUGUUGGCAGAUCUAGCCAGUGGUGUAACAAUAACUUCAACAGAUCAGACCAUGGUAACAACGGCCCAAGGAGAGAAAGUUACACUAUUGUGCACUUAUGCUCUUGCAGCAGCAGAUGAAGGCUCACUUGAUAUCGAAUGGGUUAUAUUACAACCAAAUGAGGAGCAACCAGUAAUCAUGUACACUAUGGACAGGGUUUACGAUCAGUAUCAAAUGACUGGACGAGUACAGUUUGUCAGUCAGAACCCAGCCUCUGGAGAUGCUAGCAUUGAUAUCCUGAAUUUAAAACCAGCAGAUACUGGCACAUACCAGUGUAAAGUGAAAAAACCUCCUGGUGUUCAAACUCAUAGAGUUCAGCUAACGGUACUUGAAAAGCCCACAAAGACUAGAUGCUAUAUUGAAGGAUCCCAGGAGAUUGGAACAGAUGUUACUUUGAAAUGUAAAUCCCAAGAAGGCACUCCUGUCAUAAACUACUACUGGACAAAAACUACUGAUACAAGAACUACUGGUGCAGAACUUCCAGCCACAUCAUCACAGAAUCCAGAUACAGGCAUUCUUUUGAUGAAAAAUGCUUCUCACCUCCACUCUGGCACAUACAAAUGUGUAGCUUCAAAUAGAGUUGGAUCAGAUGAGUGUUCUAUUAUACUGAAUGUCACUCCCCCUGUGAACAGAGGUGGUAGAAUUGCUGGAGCUAUUAUAGGAUCACUUCUAGCCAUUGUAUUAGUUGCGUUAAUCAUCUUCUGUUGUUUCAAGAAACAAAGAGAAAAGAAGUAUGAAAAAGAGGUACACCAUGAUAUCAGAGAGGAUGUUCCCCCUCCAAAGAGUCGUGCUUCAACUGCCCGUAGCUAUAUAGGGAGUAAUCGAUCAUCUUUGGGUUCAAUGUCUCCUUCUAAUAUGGAUGGAUAUGCCAAGACUCAGUACAACAAGGUGCCGAGUGAAGACUUUGAACGUCCUGCUCCUCAAAAUCCAAAUUAUGACCCUCCAAAGGUAGCAGCACCUAAUCUAAGUAGAAUGGGAGCUAUUCCUGUGAUGAUUCCAGCACAAAGCAAAGAUGGUUCCAUAGUAUAGUGUGGCAGUAAUUUAUACCUCGGCAGUUUAGUACAGCAUUGUUCCCUUUCUACACUUUUAUGUAUACAUGGAAUUGAUUUUGAGCAUAAAGAAGUAAGCUUGGUUCACCACCUUUGUAUUAAUUUUUGACUACGUACACUAAAAACUGAAGCUUUUGAAAGAAAGAAUUGUCAUUGUUGACAAAACAUAAAACAGUGGCAAUAUUUAAAUUCCAUGGGUUGAAUAAACCUGUAGAUUUGUUUUGUUUUGUUUUAAAUAUUAGGUGAUACUAAAGUAUGAUAUGAAGUGUUUGUCAUUACGUUUUUAGAAUGAAUGAAGUAUAUUUAAUGCCUGUUACAGUAGAAGAAAUGUUUUGUGUAAAGAGUCUGAAAACAUGGAAUUCUUGUCAUAGAGAUUCUGGAUUAAUUUUCCUCAACAUCUGAAUUUUUAAAUAAAUUAUCAGUUAUAGUUAAGCAUGCUGAUUAAGCACAGUUGUAUUUGGACUUAAUUGUUUGAUAAUUUUCUACCAGUGGUCUCCCUCUUAUAUGACAACUAUAGUUUAACAUAACCAUGCAACAAUUUACUUGUGCUUUUUCUGGGAGCAUAACAUUUCUGUUUCAGUAGAUAAUGUUGUGUGCACAAAGAAAAACAGAAUAUAGAUAUUUUAAUUGUCCAUCUGACCAAAAGAAAAGAAAUAAACAGAGGAAGAAAACUUAAAAUCACUUUCCUAAAUUAACAUUUGGGAUUAAAUCCAACAUCAGUCCUGCCUAGACAGACUGAUUGGAAUCAACUUGGUUGCGGUAUUCAGUCUCAUUCACUUCUGUGUCUCAAACCUGAAAUGUGAUUGACAUUAGAUUUUGCUCCUAGCAUUUUAUAAACAAUUUUGAUCACUUUGAAAUUUCUGCCUUUCAGAUAUCUUGAGUUAAUUUGGCAUCCAUGUAUAUAGAUAGUCUGGAUUGGGCAUUGAUUGAUAAAAUAUUAGCACUAUUCGCUGGAAGGAAUGUUUAAUAUUUUAAUGUUGUGCCAUUUUUGGUUGAGUGAGAAAGUGAGGUAGGGGGAAAUCCACCGCUUCCUGAAUGGAGCUGUAUCCUCAGUGGCUCCCUUCAAAGCUUCUUGAAGACUUUUUAAAAUAAUUAGUUCUUCCCAUUUGUAUUCUUACAUAGUUUAUGUAUGUGUAUACACACACACACACACACACACACACACACACACACAUAUAUAUAUAUAUGAGAGAAUGAUAUCUGGAAUAUUAUAAAAUGAAAUGUCAACUGAAUUUAAGAUUAUCAUCUAACCCAGGUACCCUCAAACUACUGCCCUCCAGAUGUUUCUGCCUCCAACUCCUGGAAUUCCUGACCAUUGAAGAAGUUGCCAAGGGCUUCUGGGAGUUGGAGGCCCAAACAGCUGGAGGGCUGCAGUUUGAGGAUGCCUGAUCUAACCUGUUCAUUUUAUAAAUAAUCAAACUUCUAGGAAGUUGUUUACAAUUAAUUUGUAUGAAAGUGUCUCAUUGUUUCCCCAUUUCACAAAAGUAGAAUAUCAGUUGUAGAUAUUUAUACCUCCAUUGUAAUUAAAAAUUAGUUUGUAAAAUUUCCUCCCAUAUUAGUAAAGCUGCACUGCUCAUUCCUAUACUUUGAAGACACUUGAGUUAGCUGCGAGUGUAUAAGUAUGAAAGUGUUGACUGUAAAUACGUUUGAUUUUCUUAAAUUGCCCAAUCCAAUAUUUUCACAUGUUAGAAUAGUGCUUAAUUUCAGAUCAGGUCAGUUAUGUAGAGUGUAUAGACCCAUACUGCUAAUGUAGAUAAUAUAUUCAAUAUUAACUGUGGAAAUAGUUUUCACUUAUUGAGAUGUUCUAGGUAUCUGAUGCUGUUGGAUAUAAGUUCUACCUUUUUUUUUCUUUUUUUCAUCUGUGCCUUUUGAAUAAACUUUACACCUGAUUGUACAUUAUGUUACAACUAUGAAAUAUCUUGGUGCCUGGCUUUACUUUUCUUAAUGGUGCUACAAAUUGAAAUUAUAGUUUUCAAUACAACACUGUGACUUAUCCCUUUUUACGUGAUGUUUAAUUUUUCAUACUGAUGUUUUGGAUGCUGUUUAAGUGACUGCAUAAUGUCCUGUAUUUCAAAAUGACUCCUUUUUGUGUUUGUUCCUAAUUUUUUCAUGAGGCUUGAUAAAUAUUUUCUGUGAAAUGUAUUUAUCUCCCCCUCCCCCACAGCCGGCUUCCACAGUACUGGAAUGCUAUACAAAUUAGAUUAUAUUUGCCUAGUGGCUGAUGACUCUUGAAAAGAAGAUAGUAGAUAGAUAAUAAAGAUUAAAUGUGCUGUAUGUAAGACAAAUUUCCCUAAACAUUUAACAUAGCAGAUUUGCUCUAUCUCUACUUUUUUCACACACAUACUGGUACUUGGAACCACUUUCAAAUAUGACAUAGAAUUGGGUGGUUCCAUUUUGCAUUUCAAAUUUCAGGUUGAGGUCUUACAUCUCUGUAUAUUCACCUACCCAAAUAAUCCCUGACUGAUAUCUAGGAGAGCCCUGUGUUAAACCCAGCUUUAUCUCACACUAUGAUGCUAAAUUUCCUAUAGAUGAGAGAGAAUUUAAAGUGAGAAAAUACCUGUACUCUAAAGUGGUACGGUUCAAAAUCCUACCACAUUUCAUAAAGGGUAGAGUGACUCUCACUGAACAACUUUUCAGAAAUAGUAUGUUUUGUGCUUAAUGAAGAUGAAGUGUAUCUAUGUGGCAUUGCCCCAGUGCUCUCUGCAUCUAGUAAAAGUGGAUAAUAUACCCAGUUGUGUCAAGUACAGCAGUCGGGAAAAUGUCCAAAAUGUUUAAAGCUUGUCACUUCACAUGAAAAUAAUAAAUGGAUAGAAUUAAGGAUAACCCAGCGUGCCUUCGAAAAACAGCUCUUGGGCUUUGGAACUUUGACAAUGUCUACUUGUUUAUAAAAUUGCGUGGUUUUUGUAGUAAUAGGAACUGGCAUAACAGAUCUCUAUAUUUUAAGUAAGAACUCACUUUGGACAGACUCUGCUUCAAGCAUUUAACUUGCAGACCCAACCGAAUGACUAAAUACCAGUCUGAAGGACAACUCAAUAAGAUUCCAAAAUGUCAUUUUUGGAAAAAUGUCAGAUUUUCUUCAGGCUGAGGGUGCCCCCACCUGCUGCUAUUGCUUUGAUACAGCAGGAAGCUGGAAAAUGCAAUUGCCGUGCAUUAGUAAAAUGAGAGAGGUUGUGACCUUAGAUGGCACUGUGUUGAAACUGCUGAACAUUCCUUACCCAACAUGGUGGUAGAAGUAGCAUGAACAAAUCAUUGGUACACCCCCUGCCAUCUGUAUCUUCUCCAAUUCAGAAUUAUGUCUCUGAUUCAGGGAGAGGUUGUUCAACAGUUGCUCAUGGGGUUGCUGGACAAGGUUCAACUGAUAGGGAAGGAUUUGCUCAGUGUGAAAGUGCUAUGGUAUUUUGUUAAAAUUACUGACUUUUUAAAAUAAGCACCGUAUGAGUAAAGUUGUUAGUUUAUUUAGAAGUAUUAAUAAUGUCCAAUUGCAAGCUUUGGGAAGAGAGCAUAAAAACAUAAGCAGUACUUAUUGGAAAUAAAAGACCUCAUACAGCAUUAAUACCCAAGUCAAAAAUCUCUUCUUAAGAAAGCCAAUGAAAAUCAGGCCCACCUAUAAGGUAGUGCAUGUUCAUUAGUUUAAUAUGUUCUUAAUAUUACUGAUCUUCUAUCUUACAUAUAAAUCACAAUCUUAACAUCUUUAUGGCUUACCAAAAAUGGAAUCUAGUGUGAAUGUGUAGAUACUUAAUAGUAGCUAAAAGAACACAUCACUGUGACAUUUUAUUUUAUUGAUAAUGACUUUAAAAGGGGUUUGUUUGUUUUUUUCAAAAUUGGAACUAUCAUAAACUAUUCAUUACAGGACAAAGCCAACUGCGUUUUAAAACUAGCUUUUCUAGUUAUGAUGAUACUGUCUAUAUUGUAGCUAUUAUGAAGCUACUUCUUUUCUUAGUACUUGAAACCCUCUUCCUGACAAUACUGAUGAAUUUCUUAGAGCUGAAAAUAAAGGCCCUCAGACCAUUGAGACCUUCCUACUUCGUAUUCAUUAUUGGGCGUCUUAGAACCUGGCUGUGUUCAUGCAAACUCAGCAAUUGGAUCAGUAAUAGAGGGCAUUCAUGAGACAUCAUGAUGAUGUUUGGAUUUGGUAGUGAAUGCAGUUUUCAGAUAUUUGAAAUACAAGCACUGAUGUUUGUAGGACAAGUUAAACCGUUGUAGUUUCAUAACUUAUGUACUACUUGAAAUAAAGUUAUUAGCAAAAACAA